UAUGUAGUGUGGUAUGUGUUGUAAGAGCUCGGCUUUAUUCCGCUCCUUGCUAGAGCGCGGUAUAAUCUGACAACGAUGACAGAUAGUCAGAACACAUACAGAACGGAGUGAAGCCAGAUCGUAUAUUACAGCAAGCUACCCACCACAAAUUGGCGACGAGGACAGGAUUAAUUUUCUUUAUUCCUAUUUGCAACACGAGAUUGAAGCAUUUGAAUUGAAAUAAAAUAGGGGAAUCAGCGAUGGAACCAAACAAAUUAUUUGGGAAUUUACCACCACUGUCGUUAGCAGGCGUUCCCCUAACCGAGCGGCGAACAAAAUGGACGACGUGGAAACGGGGGUUCGAAAUUUGGUUGCGUACGGCGAAGAUAGUGGACGGAACGGAGAAAAAGAAUUUACUUUUAACUUGUGGUUCUCUCGAGCUGCAAGAAAUAUUUUUCAGCAUUCCAGAUGCAGAUGUAGAGGCGGACGUAGACCAGGGCGUAGACCCAUACGAGAUUGCUAUUCUUAAAUUGGAUGAAUAUUUCGCUCCACAAAGACACGAAGCACACGAGAGAUUUUUGUUUUGGUCAAUGAAACCGGAGCCGGAAGAAACGCUAGAGAAAUUUGUAAUGCGUGCCCAAGCUCAUGGCUCCAAGUGCAAUUUCGGGGCAACUGCGGCAGAGAGUGCAGGGAUUGCAAUCAUUGACAAAGUGCUUCAGUUUGUACCGGCAAAUUUGCGAGUCAAACUUCUGCAAGAAAAAAACUUGUCUCUGGACGAAGUCAUUAAACAAAUAAAUUCGUAUGAAACAUCCCGAGUUGCCAACGAACAAAUGAGCGGUAGGAGCAAAUCUUUUGAAAUAGAUAACCAACACAUCCAUCAUAUAAAAACAUUGUGUCGAUUCUGUGGUCGUACCCAUGGGCAACAAUCUUGCCCGGCACGAGACAAAACGUGCGCAAAAUGUGGCAAGCGAGGUCAUUUCGCUGUUGUAUGCUACUCAAAUGCUGGACAAACUUCAAAUAGACUACAUACGAAUCAAAGAAUGCAAAAGAGGCCGUUCGGAGGGCACUUUAAUGAUUCGGAACUAAAUAAGAAAACGGCAAAGUUUGCAAGGAAAAUUCACGCAAUCCAGGAUGACGGAAAUGAACCUCUUGAGUGUGAAUUAGUGGAGAUGGUAUCUUCGGCAAACGAUUCAGACGAAUUGAUCUGGGCGAAAGUAGGCGGUAUCCUUAUCGAGAUGCAAAUUGAUUCUGGAGUCCAAUCGAAUAUCAUAGACGAUAGAACGUGGGCGUCAAUGAGGAAUAACCAAGUCAAGAUCAUCGGCGAGGCACGGAGUCCGGAUCGGAAGUUCAAGGCAUACGCUCAGACCGAUUGUUUAGAAAUAAUUACGAUGUUUGAGGCGGAAAUAGCUAUUGCGGACGGGUUGAAAGAACUCCGUACAAUUUCCAAAUUUUACGUAGUUAAAAAUGGUCCACAACCACUAUUGGGAAAAAUCACCGCAAAACAGCUUGGAGUAUUAUAUGUUGGACUACCUAGCCAGCAUGAAUCAAUCAACCAGGUUGAAACAUUUCGCGCGUUCCCCUCAAUUCGUGGAGUCAGCAUCCACAUUCCAAUUGAUAAGACGGUGACACCCGUAGCUCAGCGACUCCGACGAUUGCCUUUGCCCAUGCUAGAUAAAGUUGAUAGUAAACUAAACGAGUUGGUCGCUAAAGACAUAAUAGAGAAAGUAUCGGAACCGAGCAGCUGGGUUUCACCCAUGGUGAUAGUUGUAAAAGAUUGUGGAAGUAUUCGGCUUUGCAUAGACAUGCGGCAAGUUAAUAAAGCAAUUUUGCGAGAAACGCAUCCACUACCAACCAUAGAAGACAUACGUUGGAGAAUGAAUGGUGCUAAAUACUUUUCUCGCCUUGACAUAAAGGAUGCUUUUCAUCAACUACUGCUCGAUGAAGAAAGUAAAACUCUCACAACUUUUAUCACCCACCGUGGACUUUAUCGUUAUAAACGAAUGAUGUUUGGGAUUUCAUGCGCUCCAGAGAAAUUCCAAAAAAUAUUGGAACAAGUUUUGGCCGACUGUCCAAACACAGUCAAUUUUAUCGACGAUAUCAUAGUUACGGGAAAAACUGAGACCGAACACGAUUUAGCACUAGAGAAAGUGAUGGAAAAGAUUGAGGAAUAUGGCAUUUUACUUAAUCAAUCUAAGUGCGUUUUCAAACUCACAGAAAUCGAAUUCGUUGGCCAACGUUUUAACCAGAACGGAAUGCUCCCUGCACUAAACAAAAUUGAAGCAAUAAGAAGCUUUCGGCCACCCAAAAAUUGUGAAGAGGUUCGGAGUUUUCUGGGAUUAAUUACUUACGUGGGAACGUUCAUUCCAAACUUAGCCACAGUUUCAUUCCCACUACGCGAAUUAACAAAGAACAACGCCGAAUUCGUUUGGGAGCGAGACCAGAACAAAGCAUUUAACGAACUGAUCCGGUUAGUUUCUAACGUCGAAAGAUUAGCCCAUUUUGAUCCUCAUCUAAAAACCCGAGUAGUGGCAGAUGCGUCCCCAGUAGGGUUAGGAGCCGUCCUCCUUCAGUUCCAGAACGAGCAGCCUAAAGUAAUAGCUUAUGCCAGCAAGAGCCUAACGAGUACCGAGCAACGGUAUGCACAAACAGAAAAGGAGGCACUAGCGUUAGUAUGGGCCGUGGAACGGUUCCAAAUCUAUCUAUUCGGAAUACGAUUCGAGCUGGAAACGGACCAUAAACCUCUAGAGGCUAUCUUUAGCCCCACAUCUUCUCCUUGUUUGCGGAUUGAGCGUUGGGUCUUAAGGCUGCAGGCUUUUAGCUAUGAUGUAAUUUAUCGGAAAGGAAAAACGAAUAUAGCUGAUCCUCUGUCUCGGUUGUCAAGUCCUACUGAAGUAUCAGAAUUUGAUCCAGAUUCUACAGUAUAUAUCCGCAGCGUGAUGGAAAAUGCUGCAAUCGAUGUGCAAGAGGUAGAGAUUGCUUCUUCGAAUGAUGCCGAAAUGCGGGCUCUUAAGGAGUGUUUGGAAAGAGGUGUGUGGAAUUAUACAGAUGAACUACUGAAACCUUACCAAGCAUUUCGAUUGGAACUCGGAACAGUUGGAGACCUAGUAGUCCGCGGUAGCAAACUAGUAAUACCGAAAGCUAUCCGGCAAAGAAUGCUAGAACUGGCACACGAAGGGCAUCCUGGACGCACUAAAAUGCAACAACGGCUGCGAUGUACUUGCUGGUGGCCAGGAAUGGAUGAAGCUAUUGCUCGACUGGUUAGCAGCUGCUCAGGCUGCCAAUUGGUCAGCCAACCAGAUAAACCGGAGCCCAUGAAGCGAAGGCCACUACCACAUAAGCCUUGGGUAGAUGUAGCAAUCGAUUUUUUGGGCCCACUACCAACUGGUGAUUAUCUACUAGUAAUCAUUGAUUACUUCAGUCGGUACAAAGAGGUCGAAAUUGUUAAGAAAAUUACAGCGAUUGAAACAUCUGAACGACUUGAACGAAUAUUUGUGCGUCUUGGCUAUCCGAGAACCAUAACACUCGACAAUGGAAGGCAAUUUGUGAGCAAUUAUUUUGACAACUAUUGCAAACAGCGAGGAAUAUUGCUUAACAAGACAACCCCAUAUUGGCCGCAAGAAAAUGGUCUGGUUGAACGCCAGAACAGGUCUUUGCUAAAAAGGCUGAAGAUAAGCCAGGCUCAGAACGGGGAUUGGAAAAAAGAUUUGGGGGCGUAUCUCUCCAUGUACUACGCCACUCCACACAGCACCACAGGGAAAACACCGAGUGAGUUGAUGUUCAACCGAAAUAUCCGGACAAAAAUACCAUCAUUGGGAGACAUCAGUACCGGAUCUGCAUUACCAAUGUCUGAUUACAGGGAUAGAGACACAUGUAUGAAGGAAAAGGGAAGAGUGACAGAAGAUCAACGACGCAAAGCAAAACCGUCUGAUAUAAUAGUAGGAGAUAGAGUCCUAUUGAGGAAUACAAUGCCAGGCAACAAACUGAGUACACCCUUUGGACCACAGAUUGCAAAAGUAAUUGAGAAGCAAGGUUCUCGCGUAACAGUACAGGAUGAGCAAAACGGGAAAUUAUAUGACAGGAAUUCGAGCCACCUAAAAGAGUACAAGGACCCAGACGAUCAUAGGGAUGGUUGUGAGAGGGUGGUGGAUAACCAGGAGGAAGGAGUAGGUUUUAAUGAACCAACGACCGAAGAGAUACCGAGAACACUCUCCCGUCCGAAACGAGAAAUUAAACGUCCCGCUAGGUUCCUAUCAUAGAGUAAGAGAUUGGGUGAAAUAAUCAGAUGAAAUCAAAUAGUAAAUAAAUAAUUUGGGGAAUUGUA